AUGGCAAAGGUCUUCAAUAUUACCUUCGGCAUCGAUAUUAUGUCUACGAACCCGGACACUGUGCAUCAUCAAAAAGUGAGGAAAAACAUCAACUCGGGUCUGCUGAAACUACGCCACAAUGAAGAUGCAAUCUAUAAACUAUGCCUCGACCAAAUCGAUCCUCAGCUAGAGAGGAUGCGUGCAAACAGUGAGGAUCUGGAUCUACCAAACUACUUGAGUGGCUCUUUAUGGAAAAUAUUGGGGCACAUUAUAUUCGGGGAACCAAUUGGUGAAGAGGAGAAAAAACAAGUUGAUGUCCUUACACCAUGGUUUUCCACUGUUGCACCUUAUCUAGAAGUCAUUACCAUAUUCUCAGCAAUACCGGGUGUUCAAUUGAUCAUCACGCGGCUAAUGCGGUUAUUCGCGUCUUUUACUCAAUUUUUUGACAUCUCCCAAUUCAAUCCUUAUGCAGGGAUCCAGCGGACUACCACCUCUGUGGCAAACUAUAUGACUAGCGGUGUCUCUGAGAACAAAAGCUGCCGAGAGAUCACUGAGAUGGAGCUGAAUAUCAACUUAUGCGUAUUCCUGCUUGCUGCUUACGAGACAACAUCUAUGGCACUGUCUUCGAUAUUUUACUUCCUUCUUAAGGACCCUAUUCAGCUGUCUAAGCUCCGCAAAGAAUUGCAUGCUUCGUUUGAGGAUGUCCAAGCCAUAAAUGAUAAAGAGCUUAUGCAGCUUCCAUUCUUGAGUGGUUGCAUCAAUGAGGCUUUGCGACUGCUGCCUCCAGUCAGCGGGAGGUUCCUUGCGCGAACAUCUCCAGGAUUAUAUGUUGACGGUAUAUAUGUUCCUAAAGGCGUAAGUGGUUCCAGUGAACUUAUUUGA